AUGCCCGCGCCCACCGCACCACAGAAAGCCGUCACCGGCCGCCAACGGGGGGCGCCUUCGUGGGGCGGUCCCGGGAGCGCUGUAGCGAGAAGAGCGCCGCGGCGCAGUCGAUGUUUCCAGCAGAUGGAGUUUUGGUGUGAGCCGCCGGCCCGCAGGCGCGGCCCCCCGCGCCCUGGGACGCCCACCCUGGCCCUGGCCCUCGCCUCCGCCGGGCUCCUGCUGGUGCUGCCUUGGCCCCUGGGUUGCUUGAGCGCUGGCGACGCGCUGGGGGCACUGUCCACGGAUGUCCCCGCCGACCUUGAUGCCCCAUGUGCCCCCAGUGCCACCUGUCCCUCGGGCAGACGUCGCUUCCCCCGGCAGGUCACUGGUGGUAGCCAGCCGCCCAGUGUCUCGCAGUACGCUACUUCUAAAGCCUCCGACAGCGAGUUCCUUCCCCCCUGCGGCUUCUCCUAUGAACGGGACCCCACCCUCAGGGAUCCGGAGUCCAUGGCUCGGCGGUGGCCGUGGAUGGUCAGUGUGCGGGCCAAUGGCACACACAUCUGUGCAGGAACCCUCAUUGCCUCCGAGUGGGUGCUGACUGCAGCCCACUGCACCACCGAGAGUGAUGUUACCUAUUCAGUACGGGCGGGGAGUCCGUGGAUUGACCAGAUAACGAAGACUACCAUCGACACCCUGGCAAAAGAGGUCAUCGUGCACAGCCGUUAUCGAGCCAGUCGGUACUGGUCCUGGAUUGGCCGGGCCAACGACAUUGCCCUCCUCAACCUGGAGCGGCCACUCCAGUACAGCAAGUAUGUCUGGCCCAUCUGCCUGCCUGGCUUGGACUAUUCGGUGAAGGACUACUCGCUCUGCACUGUGACAGGCUGGGGACUCCCCAGGGUUGGUGGUGAAUGGCCCCAAUUUCGAACCAUCCAGGAGAAGGAAGUCACCAUCCUGAACAGCACAGAGUGUGACAGCCUCUAUCGCAGGUUCUCCAAAAUCCCCUCUCUGAUUCAGAUCAUCAACUCCCAGAUGAUUUGUGCAAAGGACGUCGACAGGGAAAAAUUCUGCUACGAGAUAAGUGGUGAGCCCUUGGCCUGUCCUGUGCAGAACGUAUGGCAUCUGAUGGGAGUGGUGAGCUGGGGCCCAGGCUGCAAGAAGAGCGAGGCUCCGCCUAUCUACGUCCACAUCUCCUCCUACCAACAGUGGAUCUGGGACCGCAUCAGCGGGCAGACUCUGCCAGCCCCUUCCCGGGCCCUGCUCCUGGCACUCCUGAUGCUCCUCAGCUUUCUUGCUGCCCUCUGA